AUGGCCAUGUUUCUUCUUCCUCUUAUAAUUUACUUAACAUCAUUCUCUAUCUUCUUUCCAUCUCCAUCUCAUGCAGCAGACACACUCACACGUUCAGACACGUUGAGAGACAAUCAAACCCUGGUCUCAGCCGGAGGAGUUUUCGAGCUUGGCUUCUUCAGCGAUUUAAUUUCAGGCAACCACUAUCUGGGAAUUUGGUUCAAAGCUGAUGCUGCCAAGGUUGUUUGGGUUGGUAACCGCGAAGCCGCCAUAUUAGAUUCCUCCGGUGUGCUCCAAAUUCGAUCUGGGAACCUGCUUCUCUCUGACCGAAGACAGCUGCAAGUCAUAGUCAACUCAGCAAAUGUUGCCUCCUCCCCCAACACAACCGCAACACUUCUUGACACUGGAAACUUUGUGCUUAAAGAAGUAGAUACAGAUACUGUUAUAUGGCAAAGUUUCGAUGUACCAAGUGAUACAUAUCUUCCUGGGAUGAAACUAGGGUUGUUUGGCCAAAACACAACCCAACCAAGCUUUCACUUUCUGGUUUCUUGGGUAAGCCCCCAAAACCCUGCUCGUGGCCUCUUCACUUUAACUCUUGAUCAGGCCAACUCCACAAAGAUGGUGGUUUGGAGAGGAGAUGGCCGCCAUAUGGAUAUCGCUUUCUGGGACGGGCACAACCUAAGGUUCAUUUUUGACAACACAAGUAGCAAAAAUGACUACAAUUUUAGCUAUCACUCCAUUGGAGAAGAAGAUGCCUACUACACUUUUAGCAAGGGAAGAUACGAUCUCAUGUGGUUUGUGAUGGCUUCAACUGGAGAUUUGGACCAGUUUUUCUUAUUGGAUGGAAAUAUUUGGUCUAUAAGUCAUCGUUUGUGUGAAGACUUCGCUGGGGGUAAUACUGGAAAGUGCUUGAGUUCAUUGCCAUCUAUGUGUGAGAAUGGUGAUAGCUUUUCUGUGAUGAAUGGUUCGUUGCCAUCUACGUUUAAUAGUGGUGGCUGGAUUAAUAUGGGAACUAGCGAUUGUGAAACUUUGUGCAAGAGCAAUUGUUCUUGUACUGCAUUUGUUUCGGUUCAAAACGGUCAACAAGUUUGCCAACUUUAUUAUCAGAGUAGAAAGGAUCUUUUGAAGAUUGUGGAGAAGGGGCCAGGGAUUGUUUACAUUCGUGGUGGUGCUACUUCUUCAAGUGAUCAAGCAACCAGACAUGAAGGGAUUAUCCAUUCAGAUCAAGUGAGAUUAUUCCAAAUGGGCUCCACCAAUGCGUCGCCAAUUCAAUAUGAUGAAGUCAGAAUUGCAAAUAUGAUGGAAUUAGGCAGGCAGAAGGAUCAAGAACUGCCCUUGUUUAGUUUCUCCACCAUACAGACUGCAACAAAUGACUUUGCCAAGGCUACCAAACUUGGUGAAGGUGGAUUUGGGCCUGUCUAUAAGGGUUUGCUACCAGAAGGGCAGGAAAUCGCAGUGAAAAGGUUGUCCGAAAUUUCGAGGCAAGGGUUGGAGGAGUUCAAAAACGAAGUCUCAGUAAUUUGUAAACUGCAACACAGGAAUUUGGUUAGGCUUUUGGGAUGCUGCAUUGAAGGAGAAGAAAGUAUACUGAUUUAUGAGUACAUGCCAAACAAAAGCCUGGAUUCUUUCAUUUUUGAUUCAACCAAACGGUCAAUUUUGGAUUGGAGAAGGCGCAUGCACAUCAUCGAAGGGAUUGCUCAAGGCCUUCUAUAUCUUCACAAAUAUUCAAGAUUAAGGAUCAUUCACCGCGACUUAAAAACGAGCAAUAUUCUGUUGGAUAGUGACAUGAACCCAAAGAUAUCUGAUUUUGGCAUGGCAAGAAUCUUCACGGACAAUGACACUAAAGGAAAAACAAGCCGGGUUGUUGUUGGUACAUUUGGUUACAUGUCUCCGGAGUAUGCCAUGGGCGGCCUCUUUUCUGAAAAAUCAGAUGUGUUUAGCUUUGGGGUAAUCUUAUUAGAGAUCAUAAGUGGCAAGAAGAACGUUGCCUUAUUUGAGGUUGAUAAUCAGCUAAACUUACUCGGCAAUGCCUGGAAUCUGUGGAAAGAAGGCAAGAGCAUGGAAUUGGUGGAUUCAACAUUGACUGCUUCUUGUUCGAGCCGUGAAGUUACCAGAUACAUUCAGAUGGGACUUCUGUGUGUGCAAGAAAGAGCUAUGGAUCGACCAACCAUGGCGGACGUUGUUACAAUGCUAAGCAACGAAACAAUAGCCAUGGCGCUUCCCAAAGAACCUGCGUCAUGGAGUCAGCUAAGUUCCAGUGAUGCAGAUUCGUCGUCGAGUAGGCAAAGACAUCACUCUACAUUUGAUAUGACGAUUUCAGGAGUGCACGGAAGGUAGCGAGGCAAUGUUUUUUGAGAAAAAAAAAUUGUUCACUUACAAUUAUACUGCUGUUUGGUGUAGUCUGUAGAGUUUGUUCCACUUGUAUCAAAGUUGUAAUAUAUAGCAAAUAUUUCUCUUUAAUA